GCCAUUUUUAACGUCCCUCAAUUUAAUACACUUUCAACUCUCUCUCUCCCUCUCUCACUACUCUCUCUCUCUUCUCUUUCUCUCUAAACAGACCAAACAAAACAAAAAUCAUCCAACAAAGAAAAUCAGAGUACAAAGUUUUUAACUUUAUCACUCUUAUUCUUCUUUCUAAUAAAACUUUCAUCUCCAUCAUCAUCUAUCAACACUGCCAUUUUCUUUCUUCUCUUUGUGUUAAUAAAAAAUAAUAAUCUUUUUGAUAUUUUGUUUUCAUUUCUUGAGAAAUUUUCCAUUUGGGUAUCUGUUUAUAGACUGCAUUUUAAUAAAUCAGAAUUGGGUAGUGUGUAUUUCUUGUAUUUGUUUUUCUUUACUGAGUGUUGAAGAAUAAAACUCCAAAAAAUAAAAAAAAAAUAAAAAAAUAAAAAAACUAAACUUUUGUAAUUUAAUUUGAUUCAUUUCUUUUGUUUUCUUGUAUUUACAUUCAAAGUUUUAUACCUUUUUUUGAUCCUAUGGCUGCUGUUGCUGAAAUUGCCGGUGAACAAACCGCCGCCAACACAACCACCACCACCACAACAACCAACACAAAAAACACCACCACCAACAACGACACCAACGAGAAGAGCAACAAUAAGUUGGAAUCGCCGAAAUCGGAUUCGGAAUUCAAUGUGCAAAAGCUGGUUGAUAUGUUCACAAAGUUGAAUCCUUUAGCUAAGGAAUUUUUCCCUUCUUAUUAUCAUCAAAACGGUGAUGAUCAGAACAACAAUUUUGCUAACAAUAAUAAGCAUUCUGCCAAUGAUAAUUUCCCCAGAAGGAGGAGAAACAAUUAUACUCAGGGAAGGAGGAGGUUGAAUGGGAGAGCUUUUAGAGCUCAACGAGAAGAUAGUAUCAGACGUACUGUAUAUGUUUCUGAUAUCGAUCAGAAUAUUACUGAAGAGCGGCUUGCUGGGUUAUUUAGUAGUUGUGGACAAGUUGUUGAUUGCCGAGUUUGUGGUGAUCCACACUCAGUUCUUCGUUUUGCAUUUGUGGAGUUUGCAGAUGAGCAUGGAGCAAGAACAGCUUUAAAUCUUGGUGGGACAAUGCUAGGGUACUAUCCAGUUAGGGUGUUACCAUCAAAAACUGCGAUUCUUCCUGUGAAUCCUACAUUUCUCCCUAGGUCUGAAGAUGAAAGGGAGAUGUGUUCUCGGACAGUUUAUUGUACAAAUAUUGACAAGAAGGUUUCUCAAGCUGAGGUUAAAAAUUUCUUUGAGACAGCCUGUGGCGAGGUUACUCGUCUGAGACUUUUGGGAGAUAAUGUGCAUUCAACUCGUAUAGCUUUCGUUGAGUUUGCUAUGGCGGAAAGUGCCAUCAUCGCUCUGAAUUGCAGUGGGAUGGUCCUUGGAAGCCAGCCCGUCAGGGUAAGUCCAUCAAAGACACCUGUGAGGCCUCGAGUUACUCGCCCGGCAAUGCAUUAGCUGACAAUUGAGUUUCUUAAGAUCCAUGGAUGGUAUCGGGUGACUUUACAAGUUGAGAGUAGUAACUUUUUGUGUUGAAGGGAUGGUGAAACUUCCCUUUGUUUCAGUAUUUCCAUCUUUUCCGUCGUAACACUAACUUUUUUAUGUGACUGAACAUAUGGUUACCUGCUUCUGAAUUGAAGUUUUUACCAGACCAUCUUUGAUCUUUUAAGAAAUUUUCACA